AUGAGUUUGUUCAUAUUAGACGAUAUGAUUGUUGACGAGUCCGGUGAUUCUCAUGAAAACAAACGUGUGAAAAUUACUACGGCCUGCGAUACCUGUCGUAGACGAAAAGUUAAAUGCGAUGGUGCCUCCCCGUGUGCCAAUUGUCAACGAGGAGGUUAUCAAUGCACAUUUUCGGAUGCCUCAACGAAAAGGCCUAGAGGACCUCCUAAAGGAUUUGUGGCGCUCAUAGAAGACAGACUGCACACCAUCGAAUCCCUCUUGGUCAACCUUGUCAACAAGGACAACAUUAACGAAUCUAGCAAGGAGAUUAAAAGGGAAAGCGAACAGACAAUCGAGGAGACGACGACAAGCACACAUCAAAGAUUUUCCACCUUCAAGAUCCGUCAAUAUUCCCCAUCAAAUGCCAUCACUACUACCAACACUCAACAUCUGUUCAUUCCGUCCACUCCGCCCGCCGAUUCAAAUGGAUUGUUGGAUCAUUCUCAGAACAUGGCGCCCUCCUUCAACGAGGAUCUCCCUAGUGAUGACGAAGAUUGCCUUCAACAAAAUCUGAUAUCUCCGUUCACGGAUAACAGUUUACAAAGCAGGACCUUGUCGUUCCUCGUCGGUCAGGAUCAAUCGAAUGUACGAAUGUAUGUCGAGCCGCCGCUGCCUACUUCCAUACCAAACCUCGAAUCCCUGCAAUCCGACGUCGAAAGACAAUUGUUGGAGAAGUACUUCAAUCACUUUCACCCUUACUUUCCGAUAGUCAACAGAGGUCAAUUUUUCAGACGCUUGAAUGUCGAAGACCAACCUUCUCCGUUGCUUCUCAAUGCCAUUUACGCUGUUGGCGCUCUAUUUCCUCCAACUUUGACCGACUCCUCUAACCCGUCAAUUUAUUACGAAAGGGCCCGGGGUUUGUUGGAUCAUUUUAUCGACGUUCCCAGGCUGUCAACCGUCCAGGCAUUGAUCCUCUUGUGUAUGGUGGAUCAGGGAAAGCCAUCAUCGUACAGGUCGCAGACGUACUCUUCCAUGGCCGUCAGAAUGGCACAAAGCAUAGGCUUGAAUCGUCAUAAUGGUAACGUAUACCAAGGGAAAGGUCGACAAACGAAAAAGCUAGUGUGGUGGGGAUGUUUCAUAAUCGACAGGUUGAACAGUCUUUCCACCGGUGACCCUUUGGCCAUCAAUGACAAGAUAUGUGACAUUGAAUUUCCGUCGCCGGACGAAGUUGACGAUCAAGAUGACCAGCAACAACAAUCGUCAUCUCAGCCGAUCAACACCCACAGCUCCACAUAUGCUCAGCAGAUCAAUAUUUUUGCUAAUUUUGCGAAGCUCGCGAGACUGACCGGUCAAAUCAUUGAACACCUGCAAUUUGUCUCUUGCAUGGGAAUCUCCUCGUCCUGGAACCAUCACGUGAUGGUAUCAAAUUUCGAGAACCUGCUUGAAUCCUGGCUACGUGAGUUGCCACCUUAUCUACACUACGUACCAUCCCCACAGCACACGAAGCAACUGCCGGGUCACAUUGCUUCGAUUCACAUGCAUCACCAGGCAUUAUUCCUGAUGCUUCAUUAUCCCUACAUCGCAGCUAACAGCAACUCCCGAUCGCAAAACGCGAGGAACUCCAGGGCGUACGCGAGAUCUUUGAGCGUAUGCACGUCGGCCGCGAAUCGAAUCACACAUAUCGGUGUGGAGGCUCUGAAUAAUAUAAACGUGUGCAUAACAUUCCCCACCAUGUUUUAUUGCCUCGGGAAAGCCGCGAAAGUACAUAUGAUCAACAUCGCUUCGAACCAACGUGGAUUGGCCAUUCCCGCAUUCAGAAAUAUAAUGAAGACCAUCAAAAUCUGCCGAUUCUAUGAAGAUAAUAAUAUAAUCGCUGAGCUAGCCGGUCAAACCGUCAAAGCCUUAGAGAAGGUCUUAAUCGACAACCGGGAAAGAUUUUCUCAUGAAGAAAAUUGCAUUCCCACAAGCCUAUCCUCACAAUCGCCGGUGGCGCACAACGUCAAGAUAUCACCUACCAUGGCAAACCAGGCGUACGGAGGAGAACCUUCGACCUCGACGGUUGACAAUCGAACGUCACCAACGCAGUUGAUGGUCAGCAUUCCGUCCACUUACGUUUCAUACUCAUCAUCCAUCCCCUCUCAUCCUGACGACUCCAAAAGAGGAUCAUCGCCGCCGCCACAGCCGCCUUCAUCAAAUAUUCAACAACAGCGACGGUCCCAAAAUUUCUCUUACACACAGCAAACGCCUGAGAGCGCAGCGCAACAGCAAUACAUAUCGACCCACGAUUUUGGUUACGUGGCGGCAGGAGAAGAGGGGAUGGAGGCUGCGGUGGAGGCGGCAAUGAACGGAAUG